GCUGUCAGUGCGCGGAGUCACACGGUUUGUCUGCCUGGCUUUUGUUGAGUGCCGCCGCUCAUGAUUUGGAGCUUUUACAGAAAUUGAUGAAUACCCCCUGCAUGCUUAUCGCAUGGAUUGAAAGCCACGAUCCUGAUGUGAAAAAGGGGAAGAUCCAGAACAGAGCCGCUUUCUUGAAUCCUGACAACCAUACAACUCCCGAUAAUACCCAUUUCAAGUGUCACCGAAAAACUGUCAGAAGACUUGAGCCAUGCCCUGCGUUCAGGCUCAGUAUGGAUCAUCACCUCAAGGAGCUAGUCCUGCUUCCCAGAGCUACAGCUACCACACCGCAGGAGAAUACAGCUGCGACUUCUUAACCCCUGAGUUUGUGAAGUUUAGCAUGGACUUGACCAACACAGAGAUCACAGCCACUACUUCUCUCCCGAGUUUCAGUACAUUCAUGGACAACUAUACCACCAGUUACGACGUCAAACCGCCCUGUCUGUAUCAGAUGCCCCACUCUGGAGAUCAGUCCUCUAUCAAGGUGGAGGACGUCCAGAUGCACAACUACCAUCAGCAGAGCCACCUGCCACCUCAGUCGGAAGACAUGAUGGCUCACUCUGGGCCUAUGUACUUCAAACCCUCCUCUCCUCACGCCCCGAGCACGCCAAACUUCCAGGUCCAGCCCAACCACAUGUGGGAGGACCCGGGCUCCCUGCACAGUUUCCACCAGAACUAUGUCGCGGCCACGUCUCAUAUGAUGGACCAGCGCAAGAAUCCGGUGUCGAGGCUCUCGCUCUUCUCCUUCAAACAGUCCCCGCCCGGUACCCCCGUGUCCAGCUGUCAGAUGCGGUUCGACGGGCCGCUGCACGUCUCCAUGAACCACGACAACCCCGGCGUGCACCGCGGCCUCGACGGCCAGAGCUUUGCGGUGCCAAGCGCCAUGCGGAAGCAGGCUGGUCUGGCCUUCCCCCACUCCCUGCAGCUCGGCCACGGGCACCAGCUGGUGGACAGCCAAGUGCCAUCGCCCCCGUCCCGAGGAUCUCCGUCAAACGAGGGUCUGUGUGCGGUGUGUGGGGACAACGCAGCCUGCCAGCACUAUGGAGUGAGAACCUGCGAGGGCUGCAAAGGAUUUUUCAAGCGCACCGUUCAGAAAAAUGCAAAAUAUGUGUGUUUAGCAAAUAAAAACUGUCCUGUUGACAAACGCCGAAGAAAUCGUUGCCAGUUCUGCCGUUUCCAGAAGUGCAUGGUCGUCGGAAUGGUGAGAGAAGUUGUCCGAACUGAUAAUCUGAAAGGUCGGAGAGGACGCCUACCAUCCAAACCCAAAAGUCCUCAGGACCCCUCCCCACCUUCGCCGCCGGUGAGCCUCAUCAGCGCACUUGUUAGGACCCAUGUGGACUCCAACCCCUCCAUGUCUGCUUUGGACUACUCCAGGUUCCAGGCUAACCCUGACUACCAAAUGGCCGGAGACAACACUCAGCACAUCCAGCAGUUCUACGACCUCCUGACGGGCUCCAUGGAGAUCAUCCGGGGCUGGGCGGAGAAGAUCCCCGGCUUCUCUGAUCUACCGAAGCAGGACCAGGAUCUCCUCUUUGAAUCCGCCUUCCUUGAACUGUUCGUCCUGCGGCUGGCGUACAGGUCCAACCCAGUAGAAGGCAAACUUAUUUUUUGUAAUGGAGUGGUGUUGCACAGGCUACAGUGCGUGCGUGGAUUUGGAGAGUGGGUGGACGCCAUCGUGGACUUUUCUUCCAACUUGCAGAGCAUGAACAUAGACAUCUCCGCUUUCUCCUGCAUCGCAGCUCUCGCCAUGGUGACAGAGCGACACGGGCUUAAGGAACCCAAGAGAGUCGAGGAUCUCCAAAACAAGAUCGUCAACUGCCUCAAAGAUCAAGUGACAUUCAAUGGCGGUGGAUUGAAUCGUCCCAACUACUUGUCAAAACUCUUGGGAAAGCUCCCUGAACUGCGCACACUAUGUACCCAAGGUCUGCAGCGUAUCUUUUACCUAAAACUAGAAGAUCUAGUCCCUCCGCCAGCAAUAAUUGACAAACUUUUCCUCGACACCUUACCUUUCUGAGUCUGACUCGAUGGCAAGACCCUCAAAGAACUUCCAAAAGACUGUUUAAGAGUCGGACUUGACAGAUUUUUGACGUUAUUAUUUCUGAGUAUUUGCAAGAUCCGUAGGCUACUAGAACAAACCGUACACAUUAUGAGUAAGGAUUCAUGAAAAAAACAAAAAAACAGAAGGGAAAGACAGACAGUGUGAUUGCUGUAUAGGCCUUUUUAAUUUGAUUGCCAAACGAAUGAUCGGAAUUUCUCUCCGGUGGACAAAUUGUUAACAAAGUAAACACGGUUUUACAAUCACUUACUGUUUAUUUAACAUCGGCUCUACUGAUUCAGCAUCAGAUGUAGUAUACUCCAUUUAUAUAUAUGAACACUCACACA